AUGCGAAGACACAGUGCUGGUGAUUCCUUUCUGUUCGUGACAUCAUCUCCUCGCGCGGCUAGGGCACGCGACCUCCCACCGCCGGCCGUCUCUUCUUCCUCACCACCGGCCGGCAGCUCUUUCUUAGCCGCACAUACCCCUCUCAGGAAUCCCCCCGCGGCCUACCUCUCCCUCAACAUCUCGCUGCUCUUCAUCGCGGACAACCCCAACAAGGUGGGAAUCCGGUACGAGGCGGUGGCACUCGAUGUGAUGUACCACGGCGUGCCGCUCGGCGUGGCGACGGUGUCGGGCUUCGAGCAGCCCGCGCACAGCAGCCGCCUCGUCCAGACCCACGUCGCCGUCGACCGCUUCAACGUGCUCCAGGCAAACGCGCUCAACCUCGUCCGCGACGCCGCCAUCAACGACCGCGUCGACCUUCGCCUCACCGGCGACGUCGCCGCCAAGAUCCUUCUCCUCGGCAUAUCCACCCCUAGGGUUCAGGUGAUCAAACUGUUCAGGAGCAAGUCAGCAUAG